AUGUUGAACAAACACAAAUGUGACGAAGCAGGCAGUUGCUGCAGGGAUAAUCCCACCCCCAGACAGUCAUACUCGGGUACAAACGGCUACCCUAUCUAUCUAUCUAUCUAUCUAUCUAUCUAUCUAUCUAUCUAUCUAUCUUUUACCCUUUUUCUCCUCCUGUUUCUUCUUCUUCUUCUUCUUCUUCUCUCUUUCUCCUUCUUCUUCUUCUUCAUCCCUCUUUCUUCUUCUUCUUCUUCUUCUUCUUCUCUCUUUCUCCUUACUCCGUUCGUGACAGACUCCGUUCGUGACAGACCCCGUUCGUGGCAGACUCCGUUCGUGACAGACCCCGUUCGUGGCAGACUCCGUUCGUGGCAGACUCUGUUCAUGACAUCCUCCGUUCGUGACAGACCCCGUUCGUGGCAGACUCCGUUCGUGACAGACCCCGCUCAUGACAGACUCCGUUCGUGGCAGGCUCAGUUCGUGACAGACUCCGUUCGUGGCAGGCUCAACUCCGUUCGUGACAGACCCCUGUUCGUGGCAGACUCCGUUCGUGACAGACCCCGUUCGUGCAGACUCCGUUCGUGGCAGACUCUGUUCAUGACAUCCUCCGUUCGUGACAGACCCCGUUCGUGGCAGACUCCGUUCGUGACAGACCCUGCUCAUGACAGACCCCGUUCGUGGCAGACUCCGUUCGUGACAGACCCCGCUCAUGACAGACUCCGUUCGUGGCAGGCUCAGUUCGUGACAGACUCCGUUCGUGGCAGGCUCAGUUCGUGA